AUGUCAAUAUUAAAAGCUGUUUUUCUUUCUUUACUGGCCAUUCUCGCGAGCAUUUUGUCACCUGUUUUUUCCUGUUAUUUCUCUUUCUCUCCUCUCUCUCUCUCUCUCUCACUGUUCUUCUUUUAUUCCCUUUCUUUCACUAUCUCACUACAUUCUUCCUUCUUAUUUGUUUAUCUCUUUCUUCUUCUAUCUUUCCUCCUUGAGUUUUUCUUCCUAUCUCUCUCUCUUCUUGUUUUGUUCCCUUUCCAUCCCCCGCUCCCUUCUUUCUUUCUUUCUUUCUUUCUUUCUUUCUUUCUUUCUUUCCCGCUUUUCUCCCUUUUUCUCUUUUUAUUUCUCUUCAUCAUUCUAUCUUUUUUCACUGUGAUCCCUUUACCCUUUCUCUUCCUCUCUCUCUCUCUCUAUCUCUUUCUCUCUCUCUCUUCUCAUUUUCUUCCCUUUUCCACUCCCUCACCAUUUCACUGUCUCCAUUAUUCCCUCUUCCUAUUUCUCUAUCUUUUCUUUCUUUCUCUCUUUCUUCUACUAUCACUCCUUCUAUGCAUCUCUCUCUAUCUUUUUUUCUCUCUGUCUCUAUUUAUCUAUCAUUCUCUUCUCGCAGUGACCCCUUUCCCACUCUCACACGAUCGCACUUCUUUCUUUCUUUCUUUCUUUCUUUCUUUCUUUCUUUCUUUCUUUCUUUUCUCACUGUCUUUCUUUUCUAUUUCACUCCGUUCUUUUUAUUUAUCUUCCUCUCUCUCUUUCUCUUCUUUUCUCGCUGAUUUUCUUUCCUUCUCAGCCUCCCCUUCUUUCCUUACUUAG